AUCACAAAAGAAAAGAAAAAGAAAAAAAAAGCUGAAAAAUUUUCAAUGCCUUUUAUCACUACUCAAUCCUCAUAACUACUCAUCACACUGCACUGCAACACACUCUGCCCUUCACUUCUCUCCAACAUUUUCAAAAAGGGUACUCCAAGAAACCGCCAUUGAUGGCCGCAUGAAGCUUCUCUGCCACCGUUUUUGGCUUUUCAAUGCUUCACAGAUCCGCCAUGGAACACCCUAACCUUGUUAUACCCUUCCUUCUUCUCCUUUCCCUCCUUUCAGCGGCUUUCAGCGCCACAGACCCUAAUGACCUGGCCAUUCUCAACCAGUUCAAGAAGAACAUGGAGAAUUCCGAGCUCCUGAACUGGCCUGAAAAUGGCGACGACCCUUGUGGCCCUCCAAAGUGGGACCAUGUGUUCUGUUCUGCUGAUAGGGUUUCCCAGAUUCAGGUUCAGGAGCUGGGCUUGAAGGGUCCUCUGCCCCAGAACCUGAACCAGCUCUCUGAGCUCUCCAACAUAGGCCUCCAGAGGAACCAGUUCAGUGGGCCUUUGCCUACUCUCAAAGGCUUGUCCAAAUUGAAGUAUGCUUUUCUUGAUUACAACGAUUUCAGUUCUAUUCCCGGUGAUUUUUUCGAAGGCCUUGAUUCUCUGGAGGUUCUGGCAUUGGAUGGCUUGGAUUUGAAUGCCACUACAGGGUGGACAUUCCCUCCACAGUUACUGAAUUCGGCGCAGCUGCAGAAUCUGACCUGUGGGAGUUGCAAUCUGGCUGGUCCGUUGCCGGAUUUUCUCGGCAACCUUUCGUCGCUAACUGUGUUAGAGCUUUCAGGGAAUGGUUUGACUGGCGAAAUUCCCAAGAGUUUUACUGGCCUUAACUUGCAGAGUCUCCAGUUGAACAAUCCGAAAGGCCGGGGAAUGAGUGGUCCUAUUGAUGUGAUCACAACAAUGGCGCAGCUCAACUUGGCUUGGCUUCAUGGGAAUCAGUUCACAGGUACUAUCCCCGACAGCAUUGGUAAUUUGGUUUCUUUGAAGGAUCUUAAUCUGAAUCAAAACCAACUUGGUGGUCUGAUUCCUGAUAGUUUGGCUAAUCUGGAACUUGAUGCAUUGAAUUUGAACAAUAACCAUUUCAUGGGUCCAGUACCAGAGUUUAAGGCAAAGAAUGUGAGUUAUGAUUCAAAUGCAUUCUGUUUACCAACUCCGGGGCUUCCUUGUGCGCCGGAGGUUAUGGCGCUUAUAGGGUUUCUUCAGGGGUUGGAUUUCCCUACAACACUUGCUUCUAAGUGGUCUGGUAAUGAUCCUUGCAAAGAGUCAUGGUUGGGAGUGAGUUGCGGCAACAAUGGGAAGGUGUCUGUUAUAAAUCUGCCCAAUUAUAAUCUCAAUGGUACGUUGAGUCCUUCAGUUGCUAAGUUAGCUUCUCUUGUUCAGAUUAAGCUUCAGAAUAACCAUUUGACGGGUCCAAUUCCUGCCAAGUGGACUAGCUUGAAAGCCCUGACAAUGCUGGAUCUAACUGGGAAUGAUAUUAGCCCUCCAUUGCCAAAAUUUGUCAACACUGUUAAAGUGGUCAUUGAUGGGAAUCCUUUGUUUCAUGGUAAUCCAUCUGAGCAAGGCCCAGCACCAAAGAAUAAUUCUUCAUCAACGACCAACCCAUCUUCCCCAACAGACACAAGUUCGAAUGGGAAUGGUACUUCUCAAUCAAAAGGAUCAAAAGGGACCAACAUAGUUUCAAUUGUUGCUCCUGUUACAAGUGUUGCUGUUGUUGCUUUGCUUGUAAUUCCUUUAUCCAUCUACUAUUGUAAGAAGAGAAGAACUCGCUUCCAGGCUCCAAGUUCCCUUGUAGUUCAUCCAAGAGAUCCAUCUGAUUCAGAUAACAGGGUUAAGAUUGUCGUUGCCGCUAAUACCACUGGAAGCACUUCUACCCUUACGGGGAGCGGUUCUGCAAGCAGAAACAGCAGUGGGAUAGGUGAGUCUCAUGUCAUUGAAGCUGGAAAUCUCGUCAUAUCAGUUCAAGUUCUUCGGAAUGUGACAAAGAAUUUUGCCGCUGAAAAUGAGCUUGGUCGUGGUGGUUUUGGGGUUGUUUAUAAGGGAGAAUUGGAUGAUGGGACAAAAAUAGCAGUGAAAAGAAUGGAGGCAGGUGUGAUUAGCAACAAAGCCUUGGAUGAAUUCCAGUCCGAAAUUGCAGUUCUUUCAAAGGUCCGACACCGUCAUUUGGUAUCACUGUUGGGUUAUUCUGUUGCAGGAAAUGAGAGAAUGCUUGUGUAUGAAUAUAUGCCUCAAGGGGCUCUGAGCAGGCAUCUUUUUCAUUGGAAAACCUUUAAACUAGAACCUCUCUCUUGGAUGAGGAGGCUAAAUAUUGCCUUGGACGUCGCUAGGGGGCUGGAGUAUCUUCAUAAUCUUGCACACCAAAGCUUCAUACACAGAGACCUCAAGUCAUCAAACAUCUUACUUGGUGAUGAUUUUAAAGCAAAAAUAUCAGAUUUUGGAUUGGUGAAACUGGCUCCUGAUGGUGAAAAAUCUGUUGUGACCAGGCUUGCUGGAACGUUUGGUUACUUAGCACCAGAGUAUGCUGUGACAGGAAAAAUUACAACCAAAGUAGAUGUAUUCAGUUUUGGGGUUGUGCUAAUGGAGCUAUUAACUGGAAUGAUGGCGCUGGAUGAUGAUAGGCCUGAAGAAAGCCAGUACUUGGCUGCAUGGUUCUGGCACAUCAAAUCAAAUAAGGAGAAACUGUUGGCAGCCAUUGACCCAACCCUUGAUAUAAAAGACAUGAAAGAAGAAACAUUUGAGAGCAUUGCCACAAUUGCGGAACUAGCUGGGCACUGCACUGCAAGGGAACCCAGCCAAAGACCAGAUAUGGGUCAUGCUGUGAAUGUAUUGUCCCCACUGGUUGAAAAAUGGAAACCAUUUAAUGAUGAGGAUGAUGAAUAUUCUGGCAUAGACUACAGCCUCCCGCUUAACCAGAUGGUGAAAGGUUGGCAGGAAGCAGAAGGAAAGGAUUCCAGUUACAUGGACCUAGAAGACAGCAAGAGCAGUAUACCAGCACGGCCAACUGGGUUUGCAGACUCUUUUACUUCGGCUGAUGGUCGGUAAAUGAGGUACUUUGUUGCUUUCCUUCCCAGAGGUUGAUUUCCUACUUUUGGUAGGUGUAGAUAGUAUGUGUUUUCUUUCUGUCUGGGAAUUAAAUGUCAAUAUUUUUUCUGGUGUUGGUGUGUUGUGGUUGAGUUGCAGAUUUCAGUAGAGAUCUCAAGUGUAAGCCAUGAAAUUUAUGCUUUAAGAUGUUCUAGUAGUGAUGUAGAUAUAGAGGAAUUAUGAUGAGAAUUCCUACUUAUUUCUUACUUUGUGCUUUCAAGUCCCAUAUCUGAAUUUCGUCAGAUUUUUUUCUUUA